UCGUCGCAGCUGAAGCUAGUUUAAUUGUAGUAGCGAAUUAAUUGUUGCAGUUGCGUUUGAGAAGCGGCGCCAAAUGUUGCGUUUUGUGCAAGGAUUGCGGCUGAGCAACAACAAUCAAUCAGCGCUGGUCGCUGACAUUUACCGCCACUGUUUCCCCCAUCUUCGAACGCAGGAGCAGCAACGAAAUGGCCAAUUACUGCAAAGCUUUGACAGCGAGCGCAGCAAUCAAACGGAAUGCAUAGCGCCCACAGCGGACGAUGUGUGGAUCUUUGGCUAUGGGUCGCUGGUGUGGAAGGCCGAUUUUCCCUAUAUCGAUCGCAGGCGUGGCUUUAUUUGUGGCUAUAAGCGACGUUUCUAUCAGCACAGCAUCGAUCAUCGCGGCAUACCAGAGAAGCCCGGCAGAGUCGUAACGUUACUGCCCGGCGACUUAGAAGCGGAUCGAGUCUAUGGCGUUGCCUAUCGCAUUGCAUCCUCGCAAAAGUCACAGGUGCUGGAUCACUUGGAUUAUCGCGAGAAGAAUGGCUACGAACGCUUCAAUUUGCACUUCCAUGAGUAUCCAGUUGACACAGAAGGCACGGCAAUAGAAGUCAUAAUGUAUAUGGCAACACAGGCCAACGAUUCCUAUGCAGGCGAUGUGUGGCAAGUGCCGUGCAUUGCGAAGCAAAUAUUUACAUCAGCUGGUCCCAGCGGGCCAAAUCGCGAGUAUUUGUUCAAUCUAUCGAUUGCCAUGCGUGAACUCUUUCCCGAUGUUAUCGAUGCACAUCUCACGGAGCUCGUGAGCUGCGUGCAGCGUCACAUUGAGCACGACGAACCGUUGUUGUUGGAGCGUGCUCUAUGCGCCGAAAUUGAAAACAUAUUAAACGUUUGCUUAGCACUUGAAACGCCACAGCAACAGCAUGAGGAGCUCGCACAGGGUUUGCAGGAGUUGCUGUUGCGCUUCCAGCGUCCUGGUUGGCGGGAAACCUAUCUGCAUCGACAGUUGCAGCAACUCGAAAGCUCUUGACGACGACGUCGGCGGCGCGCGUCUGAUUUUCAUAAUUUAUAUGAUGACUAGCAUAUGUAUGUUGCUUUAUGUUCAUUCCUUUAGUAUGAAAUAUAUGGUAUUGUGUUUGUUAAGCCA